GGUGUGUGGAUGGGGCCCGCAGCCACCGGCCUGGCCUUAACUCUUUCCUUUUUGCAGGUCCUGCUGUGGUCUGGAAGGAGGCAGCUGCCUGGAUUGCUGAGAUUAGGAGGAGCUGCUGGUGGUUUGCAGGGACCCAGAGUCCCCGAGGUCGGGUCAGGAGCCUCAAAGGGGCAGCUGGGACUUGGGAGGGAGACAGGACAGGAUAUAGAAUGGCCCACUGUCCAAAAAGUGGACAGGCGGCUGGCAGGAGAUAGGAUUUGGGCAGAAAUCCAGGCUAGGGUCAGCUUGGGCAGGGCUGAGCACAGAUUAGCAGACAACCCCAAACAGUUCCAAAGGCUAGGACAUAGGUGGUGGGGCAGCCGACCUGGGGACAGUGUCUGGUUAGUGCCUUCAAAUCAAAUGGGCUGUCAAGAUGACAAGUCAGACCUGUAGUAAUGAAAACCCCCGUGGAGCUCGUCACUUUCCAUUGCAGCAGCCCAAGGGAGGCCAGUGGGUCCUGGGAGCAGGGUUCCUGAUUGAUGGGAGAGACUUGAGGCUGGAGCUCCUUCCUCCAAGGCAGGCAUUGUGGAGGGUCAGCCAGUGAGAGCUAGUGAGCCUUGCGAGACGCUGCCACAAAAACUUGCAGGCAAACAAAUUCAGGAGACAGCUGGACACUCCAUCAGGCAGGUAGAUAGGUAGAAGUAACUGGUGUUGCUAUCGGCAAGGGGCAAACAGCCAGCCUCUUGUUAGGGGACAUUUGAGUGGUUGAAGACAGCCAGUCUGUUGCCUGGAAAUGAUCAGUCAUCUGGGUCUUCAGCCUGAGCAGGGAGGUAGUCAGCCUGACCAAGUUCAGGACAGUGGAAGGCGUGGGGACACUUCAUGAUCAGCAAGCUGGAAUGAUCACAGUUGAAGACUGUCAGGAGGUCAGCCUGACCAGCAGGGCCAGCUGACAGAAAGGUCAAAACUGGCCAGCCAGGCAUGGUGUUAGCUGGAGACAGCAGGGAGUUAGCCUGAGCCUGAGCUAUCAGGUGGUCAGUCCUGUGGGUAGUCUGAUUAUCAGGACAGUGAAGUCAGGGACAGCCACAGGGAGCCAUUUGGACUUCUACAGGGCUACCCUGGAGGCCUCUGAUGGCCACAUAAGAAUCUUCCUGUCAGGAGACCCCAGAUGGUCAGUCACCCAAAGACAGACCCUCAGGGAACCACCUGAGUGGCUCCAAUGGCAGCCUCCCAGCUGGCUGUGCUGGAAGGAGUGGAGUCUGGGUCUGGGGUGCUGCCUCUAACUGAGGCCAACCCUAGUUGGCUAUAUUCUGAGGGCCAGCGGCUGGCACUAGAGGCUCUGCUGAGCGAGGGUGCAGAGGCAUUCCAGGCAUGUGUGCAGCGCGAGGAACUGCGGCCCUUCCUGAGUGAGGAUGAAGUCCAGGGCUUGGCAGUGGCAGCUGAAGACUGGACAGUAGCCAAGCAGGAGCCAAUUUGGGCAGCAGAGGGUGCCACCAUCACUGAGGAGGAUGUGGGCAGCCUGACCUACUGGCCUAGGCAGUCGGAGCAGCCAGCACCCAUCCUGCGCCUGGGCUGGCCAGUGGACUCAGCCUGGAAGGGCAUCACCCGGGCGCAGCUUUAUACCCAACCCCCUGCAGAGGGCCACCCACCCAUCAAGGGACUGGUGCGCCAGGAAAUCCAGGCUGCCCAUAAGCUUGUGGCUGUGGUCAUGGAUGUCUUCACUGACCCAGACCUGUUUUUGGACUUGGUGGAUGCUGCCACACGCCGUUGGGUACCUGUCUACCUGCUCCUGGACCGCCAGCAGCUGGCUGCUUUCCUGGCCUUGGCCCAGCAGCUGGGGCUGAAUCCCUGGGCCACAGAGAACCUGGAUAUCCGCAUCGUUGGGGGCUGUAGUUUCCAGAGCCGCUGGCGACGGCAGGUGAGAGGCAACAUGCGGGAGAAGUUUGUGCUGCUUGAUGGUGACAGGGUCAUCUCAGGAUCCUACAGCUUCACAUGGAGCGAUGCACGCCUUCACCGAGGCCUGGUGACUCUGCUGACUGGUGAAAUCGUCGAUGCCUUCAGCCUUGAGUUCCGGACUCUGUAUGCAGCCUCUUGGCCUCUCCCACCUGCAUCCACUCCGGGCCCCUUGGGCAGCAUUGUGGGGGGCCUGCAGCUGCCCCGCAGCCCACAUCAUGUGUCCCGCCGCCGCUCUGUGGCCCCCGCAUCACCUCCACCACCUGAUGGCCCUCUGGCCCAUCGCCUGGCUGCCUGCCGCAUCUUCAAAGGAGACAGGAAGGAGUCCCCCGCACCUCCAGGCCCAGCACUCAGUGACAUCUUAAGGAGCAUCCAACGUGCCCGGCCCACCAGUGGCCCUGCAGCCCGGCCCAGCCGCUCCCUAUGGGACCUGAGCUGCCUGUCCCAGCUGUCCGGCUCCAGCGAUGAUGACAAGAACUUGGGCAACCCCAGUGCCCAGCCUGGACCUCAGUGUCACAGUCCAGAAAAUGGAAAAUGGGCAGGAAGUCUCCUCCAGCUGUGGAUCCCAAACAGCCCAUGUUCUACUGUGGGAGCAGGACUUCUCUGAGGAGAGGCCUGGUCAAGUGCCCACCCUCCACUGGAAUCUUGUGCAGUUAUAAUGUGGAACCCUGGGACAAAAGGGGAAACUUGUGGUGCCCACCAUGCCCAGGAGCUGGGUAAACUGAGUCAAGGGGCUUACUUAACAGAGGGGCUGGAAAAAUGUGGGGACAUAGCUGGUGGGGGAUGAGCCAUGGAGUAGGGACUGGGUGGCCAGUGGAACUUUUUGUGGGUGCUAAGAGGGUGAGCCUGCAGGAGUUUCUCUUUCCCUCUUAGAAUAAAACUGCUUUAUGCCAAAAGUGUGCAUUUUGGCAUGAAAAUGACCAGCCUGACCAACAAACCAAAAGUUUGGGGACCCCAGCCCCUCCCCUGUCCCUGACCUGGGAGUCCUCGGCCCCACUACCCCUGGACCCAGGUGUCCUAGCCCCUCCUCCCUUGGACUGCAUGGGUCCCAGCACCACCUCCCUCAGACCUGGGAGUUGGCUUAGCCUCCUCGCUAGGAAUCGGAUG